AUGGCGAAGAAGAAGGUACUGGUCGUUGGAGCCGGCGCAGCUGGCAUGUCAUGCGCGCACCACCUCGCCGAGCAUCCCGACAAGUUCGACGUGACCAUCAUCGACAGCGCGAGCUACUGCGGCGGACAGGCCUUCUCCAUCCCGCUGGACAAGGCUCAGCACGGGGCCAGCUGGCUGAACCAGGGCGUGCAGGGCGGGAGCUACAUCUUCCACCACACGAUGACGAUGUUUGCGCGGCAGGGCCACCACGCCGACCCCGUGAAGCUGCAGGUCUCGUUCGGCAAGGGCGACCAGUUCUGGACCAACGUGUACCCGACGCAGCUGCUGGCGCGGCACCAAAGCGAAGUCAAGCGCUUCUACUGGAUGCUGAAGAUAGUGCGCUGGUUCGAGCUCUUCUUCGCCCUUCUCCCCAUCAAGUACCUCAUGAAGCUCUUCUUCUUCUCCUACGAGUUCGCAAACACCGUCGCCCUCCCCAUGGUCGCCCUCUUCCUCGGCACCGGCAACUACGCCCCCGACGUCCCGAGCAUCAUCCUCGAGCGCCUCUGCACCAGCCCCACCUACGGCAUGUGGUUCCCCGCCGACAAGCACAGCAUCGCCAGCAACCUGCCGCCGAUGGUCGUCUUCCCGAACUUCAGCGUCUUCUACGCCGACUGGCAGAAAGACCUCGAGAAGAAGGGCGUGCGCGUGCGCCUGUCGACCGAGCUGACGCAGGUGGUCAAGCGUGAUAACCACGGCGUCGUCGUCCGCACCAUCAAGCGCACCCCUACGAAAGACGGCCAUAACCCCACCAGUGCCUGGGCACCCGAAGACCCCACCAGCAACGCCGACGCCGCCGCCCAGGAGGCCGAAGACCACUACGACGAGCUCGUGCUGUGCACGCUCGCCGACACCAGCUCCCGCCUCCUCGGCAAAACGCGCACAAGGCGCGAAGCGCGCGUCCUCAACGCCGCCAAAUUCUCCGACGACCUCACCAUCACACACCACGACGCCGCGUACAUGGAAAACCACUACGAGCCCUCCUACAACGCCACCCAAGCGGUCUCCACCCUCUCAGGCACGGACCAAACCCCCCGCCUCAGCGCCGCGCGCUCCUCCUUCCGCCCCAUGUACUUCAUCAAGCCCUACGCCGCCGACCUCACCAAGCUCGAAAUGAGCUUCGACUGCACGCACUACCAGUCGCAGUUCCCGCCCACCGUCCCCUUCGCAAACCACGUCUUCCAGACCAUCUUCCUCAACGCCUCUCGCGACCGCCAGUUAUGGACCGAUGACGAAAUUUCUUCGUCUAAGAUUAUUAGAAAGGACUGGUGGCACCAGCUCUGCCACAGCUGGACACAUUACCUUUUCGUCGUGCCCUGGCUCUGGAGCUUGCAAGGGCGGCAGCACACGCGCUUCGCGGCCGCCUGGACCCUCGUCAACGCGCACGAGGUCGCGGUGCUGAGCGGCGUGGCGGCGGCCGUGGAUCUGGGCGCUAGUUAUCCGAAGGAUUUGGAACGCGAUAGCUGGGCCCUGCUGUGUUUUCGGCUGUAUUAUUUGCUCGUGUAUGGGAAGUGGUAUCGACGGAGUGUUGAGGAUAAGGAGGGUGAAGGCGCCGACUGGGGCGAAGGCCCCUACGGCAGCGUGUACAAAGGGCCCGGCGUUGUGGCGCAGGAAAGGGUCAUGUGGCGCGAGGAGGUGGGCAAGGGGGGUGCGGUUGAGGGUAUGUAG